AAGGCUUAGAUGUCCUGGUUCUGGAAAGUCAACUUUGGCGACUGAGGUUUGCGAUGCAGUCAUGCAAGGUCCAUCAAUCCAACCCGGCUGGUAGAAUCGCAUGAGUCACCCCGUCCAACAAGCUUGCUGAAGAUGCGCGAGCACGGCUUGUCAAAAAGUCCAACGGCAAGACUGUCAUCCACGUCUUCCCUUGGGAUCGCGAGGUUGCUAAUGUUCUGGAUGCCAAUGCUGCACCUCCCCCAGACGCGGAUGCAGCCGCGCUGUCUCUCGCACCUCGGCAAUAUGCUGCACUAGCCACCCAUCACGCCGAGUAUCGCAAGAACCGAUGGUCCGAAUUCAGCCCUGCAGCUGAGAAGAACUCCUUGUCGGAGUCUGCGAAGUCACUUGUUGCCGGCUCUCCCAAAGCAUAUCCCGAGCAAGUCCGUGCGAUGACAGAGUACACUGAUGACCGCCAGGCCUUCAACAAGAAUCGUGCUGAGAACAUGCUUGCUAUCCGUACUCUCCUCGAACUUGUCGUGAACCGCGCGGAUGCCAUUGUUGGAACUCCUGUCGCAUUGCUCCAAUUAUCGCAGCAUGUUCCAGCUUGGAAGCCAGAUCUGUGCGUGAUCGACGAGGUCGGAAGGAUGAGCGAAGCCUCGGUAUUCAUCCCUAUUGUCGCGUUCCCGGAUGCUCCAUGCUUGAUCCUCGGCGAUCCAAAGCAGUGCACACCCGUCAGCCGGACUGCCGAUGCGGAACAUUUCAAGGACCUCUUUGGACAGCAGCGGAAGAUCAGCCUGUUGGACCGACUAGAUUCUGUCGAUGCCUUCAACCUCACACUCGACACUAACUGGCGAAGUCACGGAACUGUCGCAGAGUAUGCACAGUUGCAUCUCUACCAUGGCCGAAUGAGUAUAGGCAAGAAAAAAAGCCCGGCGGUUAGCGAGAUGCGUAACUACAUGCGGACCCUUGGGAAUGACUCUGCUGAAGGUACGAGUAUGUUCAUCGACGUCCACAGUGGAUCAGAGGAGCUCAUCGGAACGUCGUAUAUCAACCCGACCAAUGCUCUUAUCGUUCGAGAGCUCGCCGUCCAGCUGUUUCGCGACGCUCCUUUGCGAAACAUGAGUGAAUACAGCCAUCAACGACGCGCUCAUCCUGUUCGCCGCGGUACUAUCAUGAUCCUGACUGGUUAUACCAACCAGAAGCGUCAGUAUGAAGCGAUCAUCAAUGACAUUUCGCCUGCGGAGAUACCAAAGGGACACCUGACAGUUCGGACGAUUGAUGACUCUGUCAGUGCAGAGGCUGAUAUUGUCAUCGUCGACCUUGUGCGCACUUCUCGAGUCGGUUUCCUCAGUGACCCCAAACGUAUCGCUGUCAUGACAACCCGGGCUCGCCUUGCUCAGUUCUUUGUUGGAAGCGCCGACACCUUCCGAACUGCGCAGAACAUUGGAGGCUUGAUCAGAUACCACAGGUCAAGGUCAUCCAUCAUCUCGAUCAAAGGAGAACGAAAGAACUGGGGCGUUUGGUGCAUGCGCUGUCAUCAACCCGGUCACGCCAUUGACAUGUGUCUGGAAACACCAAGAUGUCAGUCCUGCCUUCGAAAGGGUAUUGCCUCGGAUCACGCUAUUCGUGACUGUAGUGACCCAGUCAAACCCAGUGACUUGUGGGACGUGCCAAUCGGGAUGCUGGACGACAUUCAUCGCACCAUCGGCGACUUCGAUAAAAAGAGUAGCGGUUCUGGUGGCAAGCGCGUGAACCUACAGAAGCGCAAAAGGCCUCAGAUGCAACAAGCCAAGAAGACAAUGAGUUCUGCCGAGAAACGUUACCGCGAGACGAACGACAAGGGGUCCGUCAAUUAGGAUAGUGGCAGUGAAGAUGUCUAGAAUGAGUAGACAAUGCGUGAGAUGGACAAGGGCCUACUUAAGAUGGGUAAGGGCCUGAGAUGGACAAGGGCUUUGCGAGAGAUGGAUGGAUGAAGGAUAGAUGGGGGAUGAUUUGGGGCUGGAAUUGAGUUAGCUUGCCAAGGAAGGGCACAAUACGCUCAUGCGUUUGAAGCACAUACCAUGCUUGAUGUUAUCCGAAGAUAGCAUAGUUGUCAGAAUAAACUUGUCUGAGAUCUAC